AUAUGCUAUAAGAAUACCAUCAUAGCUACCUCGUAACCGAAACAGCAGUAAAAAGGUAGGAAGUUGUUAAAAAAUUCAUUUGGUAGAAAAUAUAUGAUUCAUAUAUAUUAGUCUUUUGUUUUUUGAAUGAUGAGAAUUCACUACCUAUGGAGACAGAGGACUUUCUGGCAAUUGAUGACUCAUAGAAGAGCAUCAACGUAUUACAAGAAACCAUUUUGGAGACGCCCAUGGCCUGCAACACUGCUAGGAUGCGCAGUAGCAGGUACUGCAAUUAUAGUAUUCUCCAAACCGUCGCCGAUUGAUGCAAACUAUCCUACUUCUGUUGCCAGGCAUAUUCAUGAAGCACUAUACAGACAAACAGGAUCGAGCAUACAAGACUUUCAGCAGGCCUGGAAGGCAUACCAAUCUGCUAUAGAACAAGCAGAAAAGGAAAAUAUGGAUAUGGAAUCUGCUCCCGUUCAGGGUAUUCGACUGCAGAUGGCCAAUCUUCAGGAAUCAGCAGGAGGAUAUCAACUGGCUUGGAAGUUAUUUUGGGACAUUUUUAAGCGAACACAAAACCUACAAGACUUCACUGAACAGAGAAUCUUAAUUGCGAGUAAAAUUAUUGAGUUGUCCGAACCUCUUGGCUUGCAAGUGGAAGCGACGAAAGCCGCAGAUUAUAUUAUACAGUGUUUGCUUCGUAAUGAAAUUAAUGAUGAACCAGAAAAAAAGAGUCGUUUAUUUGAACAGACCGCUACUUUAUAUUUUCAGCUUGGAAAGCCUUCCUAUGCGGUUCCUUUAUAUCACCAAGCACUUGAAUUAACAAUGAAUAAUCCGACUUGCCAUGGAUUGAUAUUGAUGAAUAACCUUGCUACUAGCUUACUUGCUCAGACUGAUUAUAUCGACAAAAGAUAUCACGAAAAGCUACUUCAACAGUCUAGUGACUGGAGCCAAAAAGCCGUUGACUCAUAUUACUUGGCUUAUCCUAAGGACCGUACAGUGGAAUGUCAUUCUGGGUGCGCUGCUGCCUUCUUUACCUUAGGACAAAUUGCAGAGCGAAGUGGUCAUAUCGAAACGGCUAUUAAGAAUUAUCGCAAUGCUGAAUCUUUACGGGCCCACGACCCAUAUAAUGAUGGGUCUAUGAUGGCUCACAUUGCUUUGGACCGUUUAGACAAAAACUCCUUUUUGCGACAUAACGAAUAAUAUUAUUUUGUGAUCUCUACUA